GGACAGCCGGGUAGACACUACCCUAAGGGUGUAAACGCCUUCCUCAUCUCAUUAAGGCUGUGUCCCGACUCAGUCCACGCAAAUACAUUCUUAACUGAGUGACAAGAUUUCCCAUGGCAGACUUGCAGCCUUUACUUCUGCUGCUUCUCAUCCUGACUACAUCAUUUGCCAAUGAAAAUGAACCUAUAAUCACCACCAAAUAUGGAAAAGUUCAAGGGAAUUUAUUUAAUGUGCUAGAUGGUCAUAUUCAAGCAUUUCGUGGAAUUCCGUAUGCAAAGCCGCCUACUGAAUAUCGAAGAUUCCGUCCUCCAGAGCCUAUGGAUAAUUGGGAUGAUGUAAAAAAUGCCCAAGAUUUACCAAAUUCCUGCUACCAGUUGCGAGAUAAAACGUUUCCAGGGUUUGAAGGUGCAGAGAUGUGGAAUCCAAACACCCCUGUGAGUGAGGACUGUCUGUACUUGAAUAUUUGGGCCCCUGUGUUCAAGACACCCACACCCCAACCUGCAGAUAGUGUUCCUGUAUUAGUUUGGAUAUAUGGAGGUGCCUUUAUGACAGGAACAUCCACCCUGGAUAUCUACCAAGGCCAUUUCUUGUGUAAAUCUCAGAACGUUGUUGUGGUAACUAUGAAUUACAGACUGGGACCUCUUGGCUUUCUGGCUAUUCCUAACAACCCAAACAUCCAGGGAAAUCAAGGUCUACUGGAUCAGCGUUUGGCACUUAAAUGGGUGGCCGAUAACAUCGCUGCAUUUGGAGGUGAUCCUACCAAGAUAACACUGUUUGGGGAGAGUGCUGGAGCAGCAUCUGUGGGGUUCCACCUGCUCUCUCCAGGCAGCCAGGGCCUCUUUCAAAGGGCUGUGAUGCAGAGUGGCAUCCCUAAUGCAGCAUGGGCCACAGCAAAUAAAACUGAGAUAUAUGACAGAUCCUUAAAACUAGCAAAAUUGCUAGACUGCCCCGUGGAUGAUCCUGCUCGUCUGGAGUAUUGUUUGCUGAAUGCUGAUCCUGAAAAGAUGUCACUCAAGCAAUUUGAAAAUCUUGUUCCGCCUUCAAUUUUGACCAUGCCAUUUGUCCCACAUAUUGAUGGAGACGUCAUACCAUCUGAUAUAGAAACGUUGUUAAGCAGCUCUACUCUUCCCAAAAAAGAACUGUUGAUAGGCUUGAAUAAAGAUGAAGGAACCUACUUUCUUUUUUAUGGAAUGCCUGGUUUCACUCUUGAAGGUGAAAGUUUCAUCACCAGGAAGAACUUUAUGGACGGUUUACCACUAGUACUGACAAAUUCAAGUGAGAUUGUUAAAGAAACCGCUAUUUCUCACUACACCGAUUGGCAAGAUGAAAACAAUACGAAGACCAACCGUGAUGAAAUGGGGAGGAUGGUUGGAGAUGUGCUGUUCAAUUGUCCUUUAAUGGACUUUGCUACUCGGUAUGCAGAACGUGGCGGUAAUACGUUUUUGUAUUUUUUUGACCAAAUGUCAUCCAAAAAUCCCUGGCCAAAAUGGGCGGGUGUUAUGCAUGGCUACGAGAUAGAAUUUGUCUUUGGGAUGCCUCUGAAUGAGUCCCUUAAGUACACGUGGGAUGAAAUGACUGUGUCCAAGAAGAUUAUGCAUCACUUUGGCGCCUUUGCCCGGUCUGGAAAUCCAGGGUUUAAAGGAGGUGAAUGGCCGCUGUUUACCGCUGAUACUCAGGAGUAUGUCACUUUGAAUGACGAUACUAGAAGAGUAAAGAAGAGGUUAAAAGCUAAUGAGUGUCAUUUGUGGCACAAUUUGAUGCCUAAAUACCAGCAGUUAUCAGAUUCCCUGACGCAGUGCACUUCAAGUGGGAUUGUUCACUACAAUUGGGUGUUCCCUCUUAUUUUGUUAGUUAUCAGUUUUACCCAUUAACCGAGCUCCUGCUCUCUGUUUAGUUCAUGUGUUUAAUGUCUAAUGUGUAACAGGUGGGUGCUUGCUUUUCUUAAAUAUGUCAAAUAUUAUCAGAGCACCACCUGAAGGCUAUAUGUUGAUCCUUGGGGCCCUAUAGCCUGUUUUACUUGAGGGUUCACUGAAAAUCAUAGUUUGUAAAAAGGCCCUUUAAAACUAUUUUUACACUGUUUGAAUAACUUGCUUCCUAUGCUUAUUAGAAAUAGUUGUUAAAACAAGUUUUGCUGUGUGCAUUGGCUGUUUUUUUAUUUGUUAUAGACACACAAGAAGUCACCAGUUGUUUUUUGGCCUUUUUAACACCUUGUUAUUAAAUAAAAAUGGGAAAAUAGCAACAGAAAAUGGUCCAGUAGUCAGUCUCUCUCUCUCUCUCUUGUUUAUAAGCUUUAUAAGCUACAUUUGCAAGAGCUAUUUCUAAACUUGUAGUUUGUUUGUUAUUGCUAUAGCAACUCCAUAGCAACUGCCUACCAAGAUGGCCAUCAGUUACAAAGUUCACUGAAGUGUGACGUCACAUGAGAACUUUUAUUAUUAACCCAUUAAAAGCUUACAAAACUAUUACAUCAUCCUCAGGGUUUUCAGAUAUUGUAUAAAUGCAGAGUAACUACUUCAUGUCAAUUUCUGAGUUUCAAGAAAUUAAAACUCAAGGGUUCGAGCUUACUGGCUCUAACCCUAUACUAUUCAAUCUUGUAGCAAACAGACAUAACUCUGGUCAUCUGAACUAACCUCAAACAUGAAAGCUGACUCAGUGUCUUAACAAAUGUGACAAAAAGGUUUGUGUCCACAAUGUUAGAUUCUUAAGCAAUACCUUUCUCAAAGAAUAUGCUGUCAUUCUAUUGUUGUUACUAUUUUAGGUGCUAUUGUCCAUAGAAAAGAAAAAAAUACGCAGAAAAUUUGCUAGAGAUAGGCACCAGCACCCCUCCAGACCCCACUAGGGACAAGGGUGUUAGAAGAUGGAUGGAUGGGUAGUUCUUAUGUUUAUUUCCAUUGAAAUGCAAGCAUUAUCUGUUUGAGGCACCCUUGACUCUCUUUACUUCAAAGGGUUUUUUUUUUCCCAAUAUGUGCUAAAAAUUUCAAAUAAGCAGUAAGGAUUUAGAAACCACUGUUUGGGUUUUUUCUAUCUCAGAUUUAAAUAAAAUGAAGCAGCAACUAAAGCAGGUUUAAACCUAAUGCAGUCUAACUUUGCAUUAAUAUGUUUCAUUCAAGUUUCUUUCAAGCUAAGAUCAAAAUCCAAAGUUCUUUUCAUCAAUUUUGAAUAUUGAUAGAACACUUUUGAUAAUAUUAUCUUUUAUAUUGCGUUGUAAGUAUGUCUUGGCUUUAAUAACUGUCCUUUAAUCUUGUACAAAUGAUCCUUAUUCAACCUAUUGGCUUGAGCUUUCAAGACAAGAGGUCAAGACAGAUAAAUAAUAUAGCUACUUUACUUUUUCCAUAUCCUCAGAAAAAGGAAUAAAUGCAAAAAAAAAAAACCCAGCAGUGAAUU